AUGGGUCUCUUGCGAAAGUACAAGUCAGAUGCGAAGAAGGAGUUCGAGGCCUUGCGUCUCGCGUUGGACGGAGCCGACGCCACGGAAUUUAACCAACGGUUAUUGCAAAAGGUGGCUCCGGGAAAAUCGUUCGAUCGCAUCGAAGACGCCGAAGUGAAGAAGCUCAUUGCCAAAGAGUUUGCGCGCGUUGCGAGAAAAUUGAAGGAGAAACGCGCAGAAAUAAGCGAGACGCCGCAAGUCGACGAGGCGAAGUCGAUUUUACGACGAACACUCGAAGAAGAGUGGCCGGCGUUAUCCACAACGCCAGCAAGUGGCGACGCUGAGAUGGAUGGAUGA